AUGGUGGUGGUUAGGUGUGGUUCGGGAUUGUGGUGGUGGUUCGUGAUGAAGUUUGAUGCUCAUCUAUAUACUGGUGGUGCGCUUGACCUUUACUCGCGAAAACCGCUCUUGUGCUCCGAUCGAUCUCCCUCUGGAUCUGGCUAUGCUUGCCGAAUCGGUGGAUCUCUCAUGUUGUUGGUCGUCUCUCUUCGGCCUAGUCGUAGUGUUUUCUUCGCCUUCUUAUUUGAGAAGGCUUGUGUAGUGGUGUGUAGAUGGUGUUGUGUUUCGCAUAAGAUGGUGGGUUUUGGGAGUUGCUCUGAUGGUGAUUGUGGUUUGGUCGUAGCCGCUUUUAUUACUAUUGGUUUGCUCUUUCUGCUUGCUGAUCUUGUUUGUUGUGGUCCUCGCAAUCGUCCUGGAGUGUGUUGUGCGGUUCUUUCAUCAGAUCUUUAG